GUUCCGGGCCGAGUUGACAGUUCAUUCACAGUCAGGGCUUCCCCAAAGGGAUUCCCACGGGCCCUAAACUAGGAUUUUCAGCAGCCAACCCUUGUGAGCAUGCGUACGCGUUUCCUUUUAAUUUUGUAGUUGGCCUUGUGCGCAUGUGCAGGAGGAAAUCUCCCGUCGAUCAGAUGGGUGCUCAUGGCGGCUGCGAAGAGACACUGCCCCUCCCGCGCCUGUCAUUUUCGGGUGGAAAGCAGUUCUGGGACUUCAAACAGGCGAAAUCUCCGACAGGCCGAAUCUCUUUUAGAUGUUUGUGCGAAGGUUGUCGCUGAGAACAUCCCUUUUCAAAGGAUAGAGCAGCAGUAUGACCGAAUUCCCGAGCCAGUUCAGAGCCGAAUUGUGUUCUGGUCCUUUCCUCGGAAUGAAAAGGAUAUUUACAUGUACUCAUCGUAUGCAAACAAGGGCAAAGAAAGCACAGAGACUCAAAAACUACCUUUCCACCAAGGAGUUAAACUUCUUGAUAACGGAGCAGUUGCGAAUGUGUUACAGAUUGGGUUUCACUUGAGUGGGACAGUCACAGAGCCCAGUAAUCCUCUCUAUUCCCAGCCAGAAAAAGUUUUUAAAGUGUCCAUCAGUUUUGACAGAUGCAAAAUAACAUCUGUAAAAUGUGGCUGUGGAAACAAGGACAUUUUUUGGUGUCAGCAUGUGGUGGCUCUUUCAUUGUACCGCAUUCGAAAAGCCAACCAUGUGCAGCUUCGUGUACCUAUAUCAGAAACCCUGCUGCAGAUGAGCCGAGAACAGCUGCAGAAGUUUGCCCAAUACCUCAUCACUGAGCAUCACUCCGAGGUGCUACCUACUGCACAACGCAUCGCUGACGAAAUCCUCAAGGCUGAGUCUGAAAUCAACUUACUUCCAGGCGCACCUGAUCCAACAGCAGGUGCCUCAGUUGAUGAUGAACAUGCUUGGCACCUUGAUGAAGAACAGGUGCGAGAGCAAGUGCGAGCAUGCCUCAGUCAGGGGGGAUACCUCACAGCCACUGCCCAACUGACAUCCAUGUUUGCAAAGGUUCGUGAAAUGUUGCGUGCAAGAGAUUCAAAUGGUGCCAGGAUGCUGACCUUAAUGACAGAACAGUUCCUUGCAGACCCACGUCUGUCAGUCUGGCGUGCACAGGGCACACCUCUAACAGACAAGUGUCGGCAGUUUUGGGAUGAACUAGGUGCACUCUGGGUUUGUGUGGUCCUCAACCCUCAUUGCACAAAUACUGAGCGGCAACACUGGCGUGGCCAGCUGACACAAUGGUCGUCAUGUUCAGUCUGUCCUCUGGAGGAUGGUGACAGCCACCUUGUUUCUGAUCUCAGUAUAAACCAUGGGCAGAUUCGACAGCAGAGAGGUGGUCAGAGCAACUCCCAGACACAGCGUACUGUUUUUCACAAUGCACUUGAGGCUAGCUACCUGACAUGGAAUGACCCACACUUACAACGUAUUCUCAGGGAUGCCUUCCCCAGGUCUUCGUUAUCUGUUCCAUCAUCAUCAUCCACGCCAUCUCUCAAGUCAUCGCUUGACUGUAUUACCAGGGACAAUGUCAGUAGUGAAGGCUUUCCUCUCUGGAAUGAACAUAUACCCACCGCCUGUGCACGAGUAGAUACAUUGCGAUCCCAUGGCCACAUGAAAGAAGCUUUACGUUUAGCAGUGACAAUAGUGAGAACAAUGAAAGCCCAGCUGGUGUCAGAACAAACUGUCUGUCAGAAAGAACAAACCCUUUGCAUGGGAAGUAGCAUUCUCUGUAGCACAAGCUGGACUAGCACCUCCUCUAGUAGUCGUCUACCACUCAACGUGACUGGCUGGGUAGGCCACCCACUUGAUCCUAUUGGUGUGCUAUUUGACACCCUUUCAGAGGCUUGUACAAUGUCGGAUGAAUCAAUGCCAGAUAUUAGCAGUCGACAUUUGAUAACAGACACGAGCAGUGAGAAUCGCAAGAAACUGUACCACGUUCCUGUCCCUGGCAAUGUUGAAGACGGCCAGACCUACCUCAUGUUAGCUUUUGAGGUGGCUCUCAUCGGCUUAGGUCAACAACGGCUUAUGCCAUCAGGACUGUAUGCUCAGGAAAAGGCAUGCAAGCAGGAGGAACGACUCUUAGAGCGGCUUCAGUCUAUCGACCUUGACCCUACUUUAAUUCGUGUCUUGCAGCACCAAAUCACGUUACUGCUGGAAGGUGGACCAAGCAGUGGUUUGGGUCAGGGUAUCCAUCCUGAAAGCUACCCAAUGCACAUGUUUGCUCGCUACCUCUUCUCUUCUCUUCUGUCUUAUGACUCGGAUCUUGCCUAUCAGGUCGGCCUGCGGGCCAUGAGGCUACCUGUGCUCGAGAACACAGAUGACUUAAGUCUUGAGGACAGCGUCAACAAUGUGGGGUCAGCCAUGUUGUCUCGAUUUCCUCGCUGGUUUGUGCUGAGUCAUGUUGAGGCACAGCAGUGUCAGCUGGCCUCAACAUUGCUGGGAGCCUCCAAAAAUGAUGUGGCACGUCUACAGCAGGUGCUAGAGUGUGCACAGAGACAUAUUCACAGCUCCUCGCAGCUCUUCAAACUAGCUCAAGAUGCUUUCAAAAUUGCCACACCGGCUGAUGGCCAGAAGUGCAUGCCAGCCCUUAAUGCAGCCUUUGAGCUGGGCCUCCAGGUGAUGCGUAUGACCCUGAUGACUCUGAACUGGCGGCGAAGGGAGAUGGUUCGUUGGCUUGUAACUUGUGCUACAGAGCUUGGUGUUGAAGCACUCAUCACAAUCAUGCACAAGUGGUACCAGUAUUUUGCACCCAUUGAGGCUACCACCACAGUAGCCAUGACAGUGAUGUCACAAGCAACAAUGAUGCAGCUGGGGCUAAGAUAUGGUCACAGGGAGGAGCUGGCCAGCUGUGCCCGCACACUGGCGCUGCAGUGUGCCAAGCGUGACCCCCAGAACUGUGCACUCUGUGCUCUCAACCUCUGUGAAAAAGAUCCUAUCGCAUUUGAAACGGCCUAUCAGGUUGUAAUAGAUGCUGCACUGCGUGUCAUGAAUUCUUCACAGCUUUUCAACAUUGCUCGAUAUAUGGAGCAUUUGGGAUACCCACACCGGGCCUUCCGCUUGGCAUCUCUGGCCAUGAAGAAUCUUCACCUUGCCUACAACCAGGACACUCACCCAGCCAUCAAUGACAUCCACUGGGCAUGUCUGUUAGCUCACUCGCUUGGGCGCAACGAACUCACCAGUCUUAUUCCCAUUCUGGUAAAAAAUGUGCAGUGUGCCACCGUCUUGUCUGACAUUUUACGGCGAUGCACGUUAACAGCUCCUGGUCUGGCCGGUUCAGAUAGCAAGCGUGGGCGAGGGGGGCUGAAGCUGUUAUCAUAUGACAAGCAGCCUCUGCGGCAGUUAAUGGAGGCGGCUAUUUAUGCCUACAUCCAGACCACUCAUUCAAAACUGACCCAUAUCAGUCCUCGCCACUAUGCCGACUUUAUUGAGUUUCUCAGCAAGGCACGAGACACUUUCUUGCUAGCCCAUGAUGGACAUAUUCAGUUUGCCCAACUCAUUGAGAAUAUGAAACUGGUAUACAAGGGCAAAAAGAAACUCAUGUAUCUUAUCAAAGAAAGAUUUGGUUUAUAGCAGGCAAAGUCUUAACUUUGGAAAAAGAAAUAUAUGUGUGUGUGUGUGAAAGAGAGAGUGUGUGUGAGUGUGGUUGUGGGUGUGGUUGGGGAGACAGUGGGUAUUUUCAAUGUGGAUUAAUGUAUGCUACUUGGUGGAUAAGUAUGUGUGCAGGAAAUUUAUAUACAGACAAAAACGUCAGCAAGUGAAAGAGCAAUGUUGUGCCAUAAUAUGGUUUAGCUGAGAACCUAAGGAAGAGGUGAGAUAGAUUAAUCAAAACUGUUUUUGAUCCAUUCAUGGCAUCAUCUUCAUCAUUUUGGCCCCCACCCAUCACAUUCCAGUCUGGUUCAAGAACAUUAACUGAGAGUAAGAAAAAUAACAUAGAUUUACAGUUUCUCUCUGCUACUGUCAAAAUCUGAAUGCAUUGUUUUCAGUUAGAAAAACUCUGAAGGGUAAUUUAUAAAAGAAUGAACCCAGAAAAACAACUUUAGGGGUUUUUUCCUUGCUUUGCACUGGCUUUCUUUAUGCUCCAAGUUAAAAUAUUGUUCAAGUGGACCAGCUCAUUGCUCUGUGUACAGUUAGCCAAACCUUCAUUUUUGAAUUUGUUUCUGCAUGAGGAGUAGGUAUUUUUCAUCAAGUAUGCAAGUAUAAUGACUGAGUUACCAGGAAAAGAACCUGUAUUCACAAAUAUUACAUAUACUAAUAUGUAACUAUGAUCAGUAUGAAGCAUUCUGUUCUAGUAUGUAUGAAUGAAAUUUAAGAUUUAGUUACUGCAUAACUGCAUCUCAACACAAAAUGAACAGUGAAAGCAAGGGAGAAAAAGAAAAUUAAGGCAGGUGAGCAAUGAGGAGUCUGAAUGUGCAAAAUAGUCAAGUCGAUUCUGAAUGUGGCACAAGGAAAAUCACAUGGAAAACUGGGUACACAUUUGCCUAAAAUAUGAUUCUUAAUUUGUAAAAUCCUUACACUAGUUACCAGCUAUGGAAAAGUCUUGCCGUAUUUCGUAAAAAUGUUUGUGUUUUGAAAGAUUCCGCAUUCUAAUGUGAAACUGGAAAGAUAAUUUAUGGAUGGAAUUGAAGACACUAUCUUCCCCAAUGAUUGUGGCUUUUUAUGAAUUGGAAACAAUCAGAAAUGCUUUGCAGAUGUAGCUUUUGAUACCUGUUGCAUGUGGAAACAGAAAACAAAACAUCGUUACUUGCCAUUUGUAACAUCAUUUUGCCAGCUGUGACAUGGCUGCAUUGCCAGUUUAGGUUGUUGACAGGUGUUUUUUGAUCUUGCAAUAGUUCAAAUAUAACAGAUUUUUUCCUAUAAAGUAUUCACAUUAUUUUUACUUAUUGCAUAUUGUUUUCUAGUCUGUUUCUUCCGUCACUCUUUUAUGUUGGCAGACAAAAUUAUUUGCACUCUUAAGGAUUUCUCAGUGUUUGUGAUCACAACAGUUGUGCAAUGUAACUGCAGUCGGGUGGGGUGAAUGAUGAAAGCUAAAAACAAGUUUUUACCAAUUUAUUUCUUUUCUGUGUAUCUCUGUUUUAUCAUCAAAAUGGUGAAAGCAAAUAUCCACUACAGAAGAAAGCACAGAUACAUUCACACUCUUGUUAUUUAUUAUCAGUUUAUGUGGAUUUCUUAUUUUAAAGACCACUUUGUCAUUGAACUGCAUCCUAUCAGGAAGGGAGGAAUAUCAUUCAUUAUUCAGAGAGAUUGACAGUACCAAAUGAUAUCCACUUGUUUUAGCUGUCUCAGUGUUGAUUUAAACAUUGAAAUAUGUCAUUUGUGGGAUUUUGUAAUGCUUUAAAGCAGUGGAAAGUCACAUCUUGGCAUUUUUGGCCUAACCUGCUGAUUGUGUUAUUAGAAGUUUGACAAAAAAUAUUCACAAAUUUUUAUGCAUGAAUAUGUAGCUGAGGUUAUGUGCCAAAUAUUUUAAAGUGCAGACUUUUACAUUUUGUCUCAAAGCAACAGAUUUGCUUUCAACUCCUCAUUGAUAUGCAUUCAGAAAGUUGGAGUGGUGGAUUUAAAGACAAGCCUUGCACGAGAUCUUAGAAGAUUAGAGAAAGAUUUGAAAAUGUAUGAUACGCUUAAAGUAGAUAUGGAACUCAAUUCUGGAUUGAAACUGACUUGAACUUACAAGUUUGGUGUGAGGAAAGUUCAGAACAGCAUGCGGUUUGGUCAGCAAGUAACAAGAAGGAUAAACUGUUGAUAAACUUCUUUGUUGAUGUUUUACAUUUUAUGUAUUGAAAUAGUAGUAGGAUUGUGAAAAUGUGAGAACAAAAGACACUUUCAACAUAUUACUGAUUUGUGGGACUUUUUAAUGUUUUAUAGACAAUGACAGAUUAUCAGUAAUUAACGCACAUGCAGAUUUCAGUUUGAAACAUGAUUUCAUUCAACAUUAGAACACUUGGAAAUUUCAUGUAUUAAAAAUGUAUGCAUGACACAAGGCCGGGAGUGGUGGCAAGACCCUUACAGCUUGUUUUUCUUUCUUGAAGGCUUUAUUCUGUUACAACAAAUCAAGAUUGUGAUUAUACAGGGCAGGCCUUACAGCUCUUUUUUUUUAAAGGCCAUGUCUUGUUCUGUCACAGCAAAUUAAGACUGUGAUUAUACAGAUCAGGCCUAACUAAGAGACUGCCCAGAGAGAUUGUGCUCAGUAUUACUAUCAUAGCAGAUUGAGAGGGCCACGCAGGUUGUUUUUCUUUAUCUGAUUCUCAUGGCAACUUGAGCUGUUAACAUCUGAAAACUUGUGACCUAGCCUUGGCAGACUAGCAGUCAAACUGAUGUGAUUAGUAAAUGAUGUUAAUGAAUGGAUCUUUAAAAACUUAGGGGGUAUACAUUAAAAAAAGGAGAGGCCUUGCUAUGCUUUGUUGCAGCUAUGUUUUAAACCUGUUUUGUAGGAAUGUUUGAUAUUGAUUUCCAUUUUAUUCAGUCUCUCAUAACAUUCAUAUACACUUUUUUGUCUCCUGUUUUUAAGACUGAUUAAAAAAAAGAAAUUUCCAUAGUGCUUGUGGCCUGCUUUUGCUAAUUUCAUAUUUUAGUGGUUUCUUGCCUGUCCCUGGGAGUCCCCCAAAGUUUUUACUGGACCGCCAUCUUACCUCAUUUUUUUUUUUAAAGAUGUGUACAGAACAUCCAUGUAUGUUAUGACUGGCAAAAUGUAUUCCAUAUAUUUCAUCAUAGCUUUUUGGCUUCUUUGUUUGGGAACUGAUUGACCUGUAUAUUUUUGUUUUGACUGUAGGUUUGCUAGAGAUUUGUUUUUGAGUGCACUGCUGCAGUGCCAUGGCUGUUGUUAAAGUUAUUCUGGACACGUUUGUGUCUGUAGAUUCCCUUUUUUUCACUUGAACUAUGUACUGGGGAGGGGGAUAAAUGUAAUGCUAUUAAAAUUGUUAUAAGAAAGUGGAUUGUAUUUACUUUACUAGGUUUAUUCUAAUACUUGGAUUUUUUUAAGCUUGUUGACAAGAUCUAGGAAGUAGUGAUGGUCGAAAUAUUUAUACAUAAAAGAUGUUAUGAAUUUUUUGUAUCUGCCAAAUAGGCUUUUGAUAUGCAGGAACAAGAUGAACUUAACACACCUAGUUUUCUGACAUUAUCACCAGUGGUUUCUAGCAUGGAAAUAUGAAGUAACUGCUUUUGUCCAGUUGAGUGAGUGAAAAUGUAGUGCAUGGUGCUGCAUAAUUUCUGUACAUUUCUUAUGCCAGAUGCCAUGUGAAAUAUAAUGCCAAUAUCAUAUAAUACCUCAGGAAUGUAUGGAGUACUAUCAGCGGAAUCUUCACCUGGUGGGAAACAGCCAACCAUAAUAAAUGUGUGGUACGUUUUGCCUGCCAACAAACCCUGCAUCGCUCAUGAGGCAUAAACUCAUGUGCAGGCAUCGUCUUUUUUUUUUUUUAAUUCACUUGAUGUCAUCUGUUUGUGCUUUCACAGUCAAUACGUAGAAGGAGGGGGGAGGGGGGGAGUAACAUGCCUUAUGUAAACAAGUGGGACAGUCUAAACAAGUAUAUAAAACAAAGUGCGACUAUAUAAACAAGUAUAUAUGUAUCUAAGCAAAGUGGGGCUGUUAUCCUGCUUCUAUUUUCAGGGAGUAUUUUAGUAUUGAAUGUUUUAAAUAUUUCAAAAUAAUUGGAUAGAAAUAAUGCGUUAUAUUUGCUAAUUCUUUAGACGUGAACAAAUUUUGCAUGUAAAUGAUGUUUCUCAUUUGCAUUUUACCCAAAAUCUGAUAAAAGCAUUGCUAAUCUUCAUCAAAUUUUAGUCUUAGUCACAUUAGUCUUAAAUUUUAGUCCAAUCAGCACUCUUUGUCAUCCUCAAUUGAAACGUUUUACAUCGUCAGAGUAGUGUUUCAUGUUGAUUCAUACGCACAUUCCAUGCGUUUUAGAGGCAGAUGUUAGGCUUGAAUGGUGACCCGUCAGUGUGUUAAAAAGCUAAAUUAAUUUUAAAGUGUAUACUGUGCAUUACUGUUUUUGUUAUAUUUCUUUUGUUAAUAUGUGUUCAGCAUGAUGAUGUGUCAAUAUUUGAAAGGAAAAGAAUGAGUAAUGAACAUAUGAUUGAAGAAUGAACAGCAACUAAAUGUGGCCCAUUGACAAAGGUCCAGUUUUCUGUAAACUGAUAAAUUUGUUUACACAAUUACAGAUUUUUUUUGUUAAGAUCAUAAAACCUUAUUUUCUCACAUUCAUUUUAGCACCAAUAUUAAUGUAGCGGUAAGAAAAUGUCUAUUUUUCUUGCUGCUACUUCUUUUGAUACGCUUCCAUUUUGCAACAGAAUUCUGUUCUUCAUCACUUUUUGGUGAAGACUGUAGUUACUUUUCUCAUUAGGCACAAUCAAGAGUGGAGAAACUUUUAAAAUUCAUCUGUUUUCUAAGUUUCAAUGAGGUGUGUGUGUGUGAGAGAGAGAGAGAUAUUUUUGUGCCAUCACAAAAAAUGUAGAGACCUUUGAAGCGUGCCAUUUAAAAAAAAAAGUGAAGUUAAUGUGUGAUUCUUUUAUUCGUGUCAGUUUUUUUCCUUUUGAUUUAGCUGUUUUGGGAAACAAGAACUGUUCUAGAUGAUAAUGAAAUGAAACUGACCCAAAAUGCACUGAGUUCAUCCAUGUCCUCUUAUGCAGAAAAGAACCAAAAUCUAGUAAAUGCAAAAUAUAUAAAUUUUGAAACCACCAAAUUUAUGACAGGAAUUUCUUUUAUUUUAUGCUUUAUUUAUGAUUGUGUCUAAAGUUUGAACUAAGUUGUUAAUUUUAAGCUGUUUUUGAUAAAUAUUUUCACCAACUUGAAUGUUCUUACUGAUAAUUUGACCACCCCAUCUUUGAUAAAUAUGAAAAGAGAUGGGAACUCUGGAGAACUAGCUGUCUGCUGUUUUGUUUGUCAGUUCUAAUGCCAGCUUAUGCUGCAUCUUGAAAUGCACAAGAAUAGUUGCACAUGCGAUAGCAUUGGAGGAUGAAACAUGCAGAAUGUUCACUGUAGCUUGCAACAGCAAUGAUCUAAGAGUUUUAAGCCUCAUUGGAACUGAAUUAGAAAGUGUCAUAGUGAUUGUUAAGGGUAGUGAUGAUGAAUUCUUUUUUAUGAAUAACAGAAAUUGAGUGAAUGAAACCACAGCUCUAUUUUUCAUCUCAAGAGAGGAAAGAGAGUUUUAAAAAAUGAGUUUAAUUUCAGGUGUCAGAGGCUGUAUUUAUGCAGUGAGAGUAAAUCAUUGCCCUGUGGCUAAAUGGAAAAAAUCAAGGGCAAGUGUCUUGUCUCCAUGGUUAUGCAGUAAUCCAGAUCCCAUGGAUAUUGCAUCUUUGCUGCCACUUCAUAACUGUGGCCCCAGGCGUUAAGCAACAUCUGCAGGGUCUGGGUACUGCUUCAUAGCUGUGGAAACAUCAUAACUGUGGAGACAAGAUAUUUCAUAAAAAUGGAGGUGAAAUGCUUCUUAACAAGAUAACAAGAUUCUUGCCUUUGAACUUCCCACCCAUGCUGCCCCAAGGUAUGGGUUUACCCUCACUUUUACAGAACAGAAAUUUACCGCAUUUCCAGAAAGAGCAGAUGGUUUCAAAUAUGUGUAAGAAGUAAGGUCCUUGACUUGGUGAAUGGCAAUUUAGUAAAGAAAAUAUUUUACGUAGUGAUUGUUUGUGGCUAAUGAAACUUUUAUUCAAUAAAACUCUUGACUGUAAUAACUUAUAUUUUCCAUGUUAUAAGCAGUUAUGUGACACAUUGGAGGCAUUUAUUUUUAAUAUAGCCAAUAAUGAUAAUAAGUCAAGGAAAACACUGAUGAAGUGUGUGAUAUCUGUAGUAGUGCAUUUCACAUAUUCCUCCUCUCCCCCCCACCCCCACACUCCCUGCAAAUAAAAUAUUUGUUGAUGUUGGUGGUGAAAAAAAGAUUAUGAAUUGUUGUCUCUUAAAAAGAAUGGGAGACUAUUACAGAAUGUGUUUGCUUCAAGGAAACUGUAUGGAUAGUUGUCAAUUUGGAGUGUCUCAGCUGUUCUCGUCAAGGGAAAUACUGCAUGAUAUACAGUACUGGUGUUCCACACUUACCUCAGGUGUCUUUUACUGCAACAGAAUUCAAAGUUUGCUCUCAGGGGAAGACUUUAGUUCUGACAUCGUAUCCACACACUCCUCGUUUUCUGAUCUGGGUCUAAAUUGAUCCCUUUGAAAGAUUUAUCAGCCUUUUGUGCAUAUGCAAAUGCCUUGUGAAUCAUGUGCCAUAUUCCCUUAUUAUGAGGCACACUUAAAACCAUAAACAGUGAUAAUAAUCACAGCUUAUGAUGACUCUUAGAUUUUUUUUCUUGUAGAUAAAUCUUAAUCAAAGGCCUAGAUUGGGGCAAUAUGUGUUGCAUGGUAGAGGUAGUGAAGGAAGGGAGAUGCAGAAACUCGUACCUAUCACUUUCUGACACUGCUCUCACUGACAUAAUUAACUCUGUAGAGAACAUGUACACUUUUUUGGCUUUUGUUUUUAAGUCCUAAUUACAGCAACAUCAUUUAUAGGUGGUAAAUUUACCUUCUGGGAAAAGUUUUGUAGUGAAAGGAAAACCUUAUUCCUUUUCACCCUCAGUGGAGCAUAGGGCCACAGCUACAUCUGUCAUUGGAUCCUGUUCUGGGCAUCUCUUUCCAGUUGGGACCAUGUCAUGUGAGCUACCUCCACCUCGCUGUGCACCGAUCUGCUUCAUGAAGGCUUUCGCUAACAUGCGUCAUAGGCCCUUUCAAAGAGGCAUCUUCCCAUCGAGGCUCUCGUAUUAGUGUUUCAGUUGCAGUUUCUGUAGCAGGGGUUUUACAGGGUGGGGUUGCUAGCCCCACGCUCAACCCUCCUUCAUCCGAGCUUGGGACCAGGGGUUUGCCGGCAGAGUUGACUAGAAAAUCAGUUUGUUAAAAAAGUAUAGAUCCUAAGGCACCAAUACAACACUACCAUAUUUGAAUGAGCUUGCACACAACUUAAGAUGUUGAUAGGUGUGUGAGGAAAUUUGCGCCAGAUGUUGGUGCUAAACUGAAUUUGAGACUGCAUCUCCACUCUUGGUUCUUUGAUGUAGAUAAUUUUGUUACAUCAGAAGUGACACAGGUCAGAUACGUCAGGACAAUAUGGGCAAGGGAUACAGCUGAUGAAAAUGAUUAUUGUCAGUUUUGCUAUGGUUAAAGAAUGUGAAUUAGUUCAUUUGAGCUUAAUCUGGCAACAGCCAGUUUUUUCCUCUCAGGCAUUCAAUUGAAACCAAUGAGACCUUCAAGUUAAAAUGUUCUUUGGGUAUUAUUCUUUAGCCUCUCUCUGUGUUCCUGCCCUAUUUUGUAGGUGAGGUUCAUCUUCAAAUAGUAUGCUUCCAUUGAAUGCUAGGGGGUACAAAAUUUUAUUAGAGUAAUAAAUGUGUAGUCAGUUUAUGCAUAAUUUUGUCACAAAAAUCGGAAUCAACAAAUAGGUUGGAUCUUUUGAGACUGAAAUCUCUGGGUCAUUAGCAUUUGUGAAGCUUUACUUAACCAUAGAAGUUGGCAUAAUUUUUAUCUUAGCUGUACAUGCAUGCAGGUACACAUACUGCUGCACACUCACCUGUGGACAACUUUUCUAAAUUUUUGUGCUCAGAAUGCAGUAAAGCUCUAUUUCAGAUGUACUUUGACAUUUUGUGGUAAUAGGCCUCAGCCUAUUGAAACGAAAGAUUUUUGUCUAAUGGUGCUUACAUCAAGAAAUUUGUUAUUAUUUGCAAUCAACAAGUUCAGCAGGAAGCUCUUGCUUUGACACAUUCCUACCUCAUGUGCUACUACUCAGCUGCCCAAGUCAGUGGCACAUCAACUCCCUACAUUUAUGAAUAAGAAUGUUCUUCUGUAAGCAAGAUUGUUUGUUUUGAGGUCUGGAUCUGGACACUGCAGAUGCCAAGAAAGAUCUAAUUAUGCUCAUGUUUAAGGAAUCUUGAUUAAAUGCAAUGUUUGUGGCAACUUUCCUUCUCUUUCUUCUGGUUUCAAAUGUAAUGUGAUUAAAGUGUGCCAGAUUGAGUGAGCAGAAUCUAUCUUUUUGUCAUUUGGUUAUUUAUACAUGUGCACAGGGAAAUAUCUUUCUGUUUGAGAGAAAAGAGUUUGGCUAAACUUUCAUGCCAUUGCCAACUUUAGUGUGUGUUGAUGUAUUAUUAACCUUCAAGCAAAUAAGCACAGUAUCAGAACAUUCUUUGCAGGAAUUGCCUUGGAUUGUGUUUAUUAUGCUGGUAUGGUUCUCUCUCCCCAACCCUCUUCAACUAACAGUGUGUGCACCCUUCAUAAGAUUGAUUAGAAGUUGUGAUGAAUGAAAGAACACUCAUUUCUCAAAUUCUUGUUUUGUCAUUCUUUUUAGGAAGAACACAAAAAUUUCUAUUGCUCAUUCAUCAUCUCCUGACUUCUUUACUCUGGUGACAUGUCGGUGCAGUUGAUGUCUGUCAAAUGAUUCUUGUGUAUUUUGCUUCAUAGUUUUAGCAUCUGUUUCUGUGAAAUAUAUGUCUUGAUAUUUGCUGGUGUUCUUUGUUGCCAUUUAUCAAGUGUGCUUGUACUGCCAUGACACAUUUUUUUCAGGAUGCAAAUGGGUGAUUGAGACCUGCGUCUGCUUUGUCAUGUUUCAGUCAUCAUCACUCAUUAUGUCUCAUGUUGUAUUCUAUGUCCUUUGAGCACAGAAGAAAAUUUGCCAUAUAUUUUCUCUUAAUUCUGUCACGACACCCUUGAACAGAUGUAUCAAGGAACAUGGAAACAAAUAAAGGAAGAAAUGAAGUAACCAUUGUUUAUGUGUGACCAGUAGGGAUGUGUGUGUGUGUGAGACCAGUAGGUGGUUGUGUGUGGUACUUAUGUAUUUUACCUUUUUAAUACAUCUUGUUGGAGGGUGUAGGGGAAGAGGGCACUAUUCAAGAAAGGUUAUUAUUACUGAUGUAACCAGACAGAUGCUAAUCAGAGCACUAAAAGUCACAGUAGCUGGAUGGAGGUUUAGUAGCAGCUCUCAAUCAGGCUAUUCCUCUUUUUGGUGUCAGGGAAGAGGCUGGAGGCAUCCAAAGAAAAUUUAUCUAAAUUCUAGCUUUUUAGUGUUCAGUAUGCUACAAGUCUACAAAUUUUCUUGUUUCGAAUAUUUUUUUCCACACCUGCACUUAAUUGACCUUGGAGUUCCCAAGUCUGCUUUAGUAACAUGAGGGACAUGGUUGGUUUUGAUGCACCACUUAUUAAAGGAGAAAUAAGAAGAAAAGUGGAGUUGCAAAUAUUUAGGCAUAAUUAUUGAUGAUAAACUUGGAAAGCUGAUGUAAAUAACGUUAUUAAGAAAGUACAUAGCUGCCUGUCUUGGAAAGCUGAAGUCUUAAAUGUACGCUUAGAACUGCAAAUAUUUUACACUUCUGUUACUUGACUUUUGGUCAAAAUUUCUGGGGUGGGAACAUUGUAAAGCAGGACUGGCACAAAUUGAACAAGAAUGACGAAAAAGCAGGAGGGGAGGUUGGGAGGGUACAGAAUGACGGUGUACAACAAGCUGAUGAUCAGCAAACUGAAGUUUUAGCUGACAACUUGCACCUAUUCCCACAGGAAUUUGACAUCAGAUGCAGACAGGAGUGGUAGGUUUAGAGUGUCUAGAGCUUGAACCUUAAAACUUCUGUAUUCAUCUAUCCCACCUGCUAUCCAGGCAUACAAUCAACUGAAACUAGCCAUAUUGCUUGCUCCGUUUCUGGAAUAUUCAUUUAUAUGUUUAUGUUUGAACUGAUGGUAUAUUUGUGUUUUUGUACUUCAAGUGGCAAUAUGAGUGUGUACAGACUGCCAGUGUAAAAGCAUUGGAUGUAGUCUUAUGUUGUAUUUAACAUGUUUUAUGUAAAGGGAUGUUCUCAUUUUAAUGUUGGCAGACAACAAAAUUUCCAAGAAAGGAUUAAUAAAGAUAUUUUGCAUUA